AUGUCUAACACGGUAGAUACGUCCAAGUUGGCCUUGAUCCCUCAGGGGGCGGCCUAUGGCCUUCUCAUUGGUCUCAGCGUCGUGUUUUGCGGUGUCAUUUUGAUUGCCGUCAAAGUGCAGAAAGCAUAUCUUGCUGAAGAUUCCGGCAAGUCGGAAAUGUUCAUGGUCGCCAAUCGCUCCGUAGGGAGAGGAUUAUGCGCAUCUGCAGUUUUCAGCUCCUGGAUGUGGAUCAACGAGACGGUAUUGUGUGCGGCUAUGACAUAUAGGUAUGGCCUGGCAGUGCCGCUGUGGUGGGGAUCUGGCCUAUGCUUCCAAAUUGCACUGAUGGCAGCACUUGGCGUGAUGGCUAAGAUUAGAGUCCCUUAUGCUCACACGUCGCUGGAAGUUGUUCGGAUGCGCUAUGGCAAGAUUGGACAUCUUGUGUUUAUCGUGCUCAACCUCGUCAACAAUGUUUUUGGCUGCGCCUCGAUGAUUAUGACGGGCUCUCAACUCAUCCAUGGUGUUUCUGGAAUGCACUAUGUAGCAGCAACUAUCCUCGUUCCAUUGGGAGUUGUCCUCUAUACAGCCGUGGGCGGCUUGAAGGCCACCUUCCUGACCGACUUUUUGCACACGGCGAUUGCCCUCAUUCUCAUCAUCUAUUUCACGAUCGCUGUUUUGACAAACUCGGCGGUCGGGGGCUGGGUGGAUACUGCAUUUUGGCAAAAGUCCUUUGCGACAGAGGUCAAAGCAACUGUGCCGGGAUACAAUAUUGCUGCAUUGGCUGUCUUUGGUAUCCCCUGGGGUCUAGGCACAGUCAUUGGUUUGGCAACAAGGGCAAUUCAUGACACGCCAAUCUUUCCCACCUAUCCUGGUGUGCUUACUGCCACCGAAGUUAGUUCCGGCAUGGUGAUGCCAUAUACCAUCAAAGCACUGAUCGGAGACAAAGGAAUCAUCGGGUUCUUCUUCCUUUUGUUCAUGGCCUUGACAAGUACCGUUUCCUCCUCAAUGAUUGCUGUCAGUAGCAUCUUGUCUUACGACAUCUACAAGACAUACCUCAACCCGAAAGCUAGCGAUAAGCAAAUUGUGGGAGUGAGCCACUUAACUGUGGUCAUUCAUGGUGUCUUUAUCACCGGGAUUUCCAUCGCUCUCAACUAUGGAGGAGCAAACAUGACGUGGAUUGGGUACCUGAGACCUAUCAUCUCAUGCCCAGGGAUUAUUCCUAUGAUUCUCACUUUGUUCUGGUCUCGACAGACCCGGAUAGCUGCAAUUAUCUCUCCUGUGCUUGGAUUCUUUUCGGGUCUUGCUGUCUGGUUGGCAACAACCAAAUAUAUGUAUGGCACCAUCAACAUCACGACCACCACAAAUCCCUACCCGGCACUAUAUGCAGCUAUUGCCUCUUUCUUUACGCCGGCUCUCUAUUCCGUUGUUCUGUCACUCUACAAGCCGUAUAAGUUUGAUUGGAGGGUUUUCCUCCGAAUCGAACUUGCAGAUCAAGCAGGAAUCCAGUCGCCCUCGAAUGCAAGCACACUAAACGACAGUAGUGGGGAAGACCAUCCAAGUGAUUCCAAGCAUGUCGCUGGAUCGGUCAAACCAGUUGCCGAUAGUCAACCAGAACGCAUCAACAACGAUCCAGAGCAGAUCGACAUGAACGAAAAGAAGGCCGUGAAGAAAGCUCCGUCUCCUUCUGUGGAUAUCACCCUCGAUGACAUUCAGCACCCAUUCGACAACGAAACAUUGAAAGAGCUGUACAGAUGGCUUAAGAUUGCUUGGUAUAUGUUCGGGGCCAUUGUGUUGAUCACGUUUGUUGCUUGGCCUCUUCCACUCUAUCGCGAUUAUAUCUUCACAAGAUCAUUCUUCGCGGGAUGGGUAGUUGUCGCCAUCAUCUGGCAGUUUGCUGCUUUUGGGGCGGUUGUGAUUUUCCCACUUUAUGAUGGACGGCAAGAUAUUGCGAUCGGCACCAGGGGUAUCUGGAAUUCUUCUAAAGAGUAUUUCAGCAAAGGCAAGAGAAGUUAG